AGUGGUGAUGUGGACGAGGAAGGCUGUGGAGUUCGGUUGGCGCACAGAAUUUCCAAGUCUAAAUUUAGCCGUUACUGGCGGCGCUGGAACCGGUUUUGUCGGAGGAAGUGCCGGGCGGCGGUGAAAUCUAACGUCUUCUAUUGGCUGGUGAUAUUUCUGGUUUUCCUGAACACGCUCACCAUUGCUUCCGAGCACUACAACCAACCCGACUGGCUCACCGAAGUGCAAGACACAGCAAACAAGGUCCUCCUGGCACUCUUCACUGCCGAAAUGCUCCUGAAGAUGUACAGUCUGGGGCUCCAGGCAUACUUUGUCUCCCUCUUCAACCGCUUUGACUGCUUCAUCGUCUGUGGGGGGAUCUUGGAAACCAUAUUGGUAGAAACCAAAAUCAUGUCCCCUCUGGGCAUCUCUGUCCUGCGCUGCGUGCGUCUUCUCAGGAUAUUCAAGAUCACCAGGUACUGGAAUUCCCUCAGUAAUCUGGUGGCCUCUCUGCUGAAUUCUGUGCGCUCCAUCGCCUCCCUGCUGCUCCUCCUCUUCCUCUUCAUCAUCAUCUUCUCCCUGCUGGGGAUGCAGCUCUUCGGGGGAAAGUUCAACUUUGACGAGAUGCAGACCCGCCGCAGCACCUUUGACAACUUCCCACAGGCCCUGCUCACUGUCUUCCAGAUCCUUACUGGAGAGGACUGGAAUUCAGUGAUGUAUGAUGGUAUCAUGGCAUAUGGUGGACCCUCAUUUCCUGGGAUGCUCGUCUGCAUCUACUUCAUAAUCCUCUUCAUCUGUGGAAACUAUAUUCUGCUGAAUGUCUUCUUGGCCAUUGCUGUGGACAAUCUGGCAGAUGCAGAAAGCCUAACCUCUGCACAGAAGGAGGAGGAGGAGGAGAAGGAGAGGAAGAAACUUGCUCGAACGGCAAGCCCAGAGAAGAAACAAGAGAACGAGACGAUCGGAAAAUCUCCGGUUCCAGCUCUGGAGGAGAACAAAGAGAAGAUCGAGCUGAAGGCCAUCACUGCGGAUGGCGAAUCGCCUCCUACUACCAAGAUUAAUGUAGAAGAUUAUCCCUCCAAUGAAAACGAUGAGAAGUCUCCAUAUCCUAGCAGCAAUGAAAAUCAAGGGGAGGAGGAAGAGGAGGAGCCAGAGAUGCCUGUUGGCCCUCGUCCCCGCCCUCUGUCUGAACUGAACAUUAAGGAGAAGGCAGUUCCGAUGCCCGAAGCCACUGCUUUCUUCAUCUUCCGUCCAGACAACAGGUUCCGCCUCCACUGUCACCGUAUUGUCAACAACAACAUCUUCACCAACUUGAUACUUUUCUUCAUCCUCCUGAGCAGCAUCUCGCUGGCAGCGGAAGACCCCGUGAGACACUACUCCUUCAGGAACCAAAUCCUAGGGAAUGCCGACUAUGUGUUUACUAGCAUUUUCACUUUAGAAAUCAUCCUGAAGAUGACAGCUUACGGUGCAUUCUUGCACAAGGGC